CGGCCGGCCUGAGAUUUCAAAUUCCUGUAAGACUCUGACUACUGAGCUUAAUCUUUAGGAAGGAAGAAGAAGAAGAAGGAAUACGGCGCCAUUUUGGAUCGAGUGGGGGCGAAGAGGAGCUUAGCAAAAUGGUGAAGGGACUCCAACAACAAGGGCAAAACCUGCCACCGGAUUUGACCCAAGUCAUUGAUCAGCUGGAGCGCCACUGCUUGGCACCCGAUGGUUCUCUCGUCUCCAAAUCAGCCUACUUCGACCUCCAACUCGCAAGGGAGGAAAUGUCCAGAGAAAGAUUGCGUUACUUGGAAGCAAUGGCAAUUUAUGGUGAGGCAAUUGCAAUGGUGGAAGAGUAUCAACAAGCAGUUUCGGUGGCUAAUCUUGGAGGAAUUCGAGAUGUUCAGGGUUUAUAUCUGCAAUCGGACUUGAAGAAUCCUCCUCAGUUGUACGAGACAUUGGAGCAUCGCAUGAUUGUUGCGGAAGCAGCUCAAAGAUUGAGGCUUCCUCUUAUCUCCAAAGAUGGUGAAAUUCAUGAGGAAGAAAUCGAAAAAUGCAGUACGAUGUCACACAGUUCCCUUGACAGUACCAGCACCAGCGUUACAAUCAGCUCAAGUUCCAACUCAACCAAUUUUAAUAUUGCUACUAGCACCAGUAGUGCAGCAAACAACAAUCUUUCUCUUAGUGCUACUGAUGCUGUGGAAUCUGGAGUUGGUGGUGUUCCGAAUCGCUUUCUUGGAAUUACACCUGCAUAUUUAUGGCAAACACAGCUCCAGCAAACACCAUUGGCAAUGGACAUGACAGAAUAUCAGUUGUAUCUUUCUCGGGAGAUUGAAGUCCGUUUAGUAGCUAAAUGUGAUAAAUUAGCUGAUGCCUUUAUAAUGGAUGACAAUGACUCAUCAUCUGGGCAUCAGAAUUCAAGUUCUUGCCUUCCAGAAAGGGUGAAGUUGAUAAUUGAGGAGAUGGAAAGGGAGGAAACAGCUCUGCAGGAAGAUCUAUAUUCUGCGGAUAGAAAAUUUGCUGAAUAUUAUAAUGUCCUAGAGCAGAUACUGGGAGUGCUCAUCAAACUGGUCAGAGAUUUGAAGUUGCAACAUCAACAUAAAUAUGACGGACUGCAAAAAACAUGGCUUUGCAAGAGGUGUGAGACGAUGAGUGCAAAAUUGAGGGUUCUGGAGCAUGUUCUCCUUCUUGAAACUUAUACUAAGGAGUCAAUACCGGCCCUACAUAAAAUAAGGAAGUAUCUCCUUGAAGCUACAGAUGAAGCUUCAAUCGCAUAUAAUAAAGCGGUUACACGUCUUAGAGAAUAUCAGGGUGUUGAUCCUCACUUUGAUUCAAUUGCAAGGCAGUACCAUGAUAUUGUAAAGAAAUUGGAAAAUAUGCAAUGGACAAUCGACCAAAUUGAAAUGGACCUGACACACCCAGAUCACGUAAAUGCAUAGAACCUGCUGUAUCUUGUUUGAUCUUGUUUUCUGAGUCCAAGCCUCCAAUUGCUUCAUCACUGGCCUGUUGAAUGUUUCCUUAGGGAAAUGAAAAACGCCUUCUAAAUAGUAUCAUCAUGCUUAUGACUUUCUUCUAUGUUUGACAUUUGUGCUUAUAGUUAUAAGCUAGAUUGGUCAUAGAUAGACAGCUGAUUUUUGAAAUGUUGUGUAUAAUUAUAUCCUUACAAGGAGGAUACUCUGUAAAUUAUAGGCAUCUUGCCACGUUUUGUGACCUCAGAAGCAAUUUUAGUUUUGUGACAUGUGUAAGAUUACUACUCUA